UAAGCCGCCACCUAAUUGAUUAAUGAUUAGGUGAAUCACUCGCAUUCUCUUCUUCAUUCUCUAUCAACACUACCCAUGAUUUCUUGAUUCUCACCUCUUUCAUACAAAGAUCCCUCUCUCCCUCUCUCUCCCUCUCUCUCUCUCUCUGCUAUCGUCAGUGGUCCAUCUAUAACUCCUUCCUGAUAUCAUCAGACGCAUCCCGAGGGAGAGAGAAAGAGAGUGAAAAAAUCAAAUCAACUAAAAAAAAAACAUUUUCAUUUUGUUUAUUAAAAAGAGCAACCUUCUGUAGUUUUGGUGUUUCAGAGAUCCCAAAAGGGUGAAAAAGGCAAAAGAUGGUUAGUGCUAUAAAGGCAGCAAUUGGAGAUGCAGUGUUGACUUUCAUGUGGGUGUUCUCCGCCUCCAUGCUUGGAAUAGCUUCAACCUCCAUAACCAGAGCCCUUGACCUUCAGCACCUCUCUUACAACGGUUUCCCUUAUCCUUCUUUUCUCGUCACUACUUUCCUUGUCUUCGUGCUCGUCUUCAUCUUCACCAUCAUUGGCAAUGCUUUCGGUGGCGCCAGCUUCAACCCCACCGGCACCGCCGCCUUUUACGCCGUUGGUCUCGGUUCCGACACCCUCUUCUCAAUGGCUCUCCGUUUCCCUGCCCAGGCGCUUGGUGCUGCGGGUGGUGCUAUGGCAAUUAUGGAGGUGAUUCCUACGAAAUACAAACACAUGAUUGGGGGACCUUCUUUGAAAGUGGACUUGCAUACUGGGGCUGUUGCUGAAGGGGUGUUGACAUUUUUGAUUACUUUUGCUGUCCUUUUCAUUAUUCUGAAGGGCCCUCGUAGUGAGUUAGUGAAGACUUGGUUGGUGGCCAUGUCAACCGUUACUUUGGUCAUGGUUGGAUCUGCUUACACCGGGCCAUCCAUGAAUCCUGCCAAUGCCUUUGGUUGGGCAUACUUAAACAACUGGCACAACACAUGGGACCAAUUCUAUGUAUACUGGAUUUGCCCCUUCACUGGAGCAAUAUUGGCUGCUUGGCUCUUCCGGGCUAUCUUUCCCCCACCUGAACCAAAGCAGAAGAAAGCAUGAAGAGGCAUAAUAUAUUUGGCUGCUUCAUCUCUCAGCUUAUAAUAAUAAAACGUGUUUUCUUAGGCACAAUAUCAGAUGUUACAAUGUUGCAUAAAUUCGGUAUCCAAUUAGAAAGAUUCUAUAUAAUUGAACUAGUAUCUAGAUUUGAUACAGAAAACAUGUA